AUGGGUAUUCUGGCUGGAGCAGUAGCUACCAAGCUCCUGGUCCUACUGGCCAUAGCCGCAGUAUCGGGUAUCGCAGGAGGGGUGGCUUACUCGGCGUCCAUGGAUGAGCAGGCUGAUGGCUGGGAUAUUACUGUCUAUGCGGCCGGUGGGGUGGUGGGGGUGGUGACGGCCAUGGCUGCGAGGCCACUCGUGCGGCCCUAA